UUGAAUACAAUAUGUUUUAAAUUUUAAAAAGUACUUUUAAUUUCAAAUUUUAUUUUAAUUGACAAAUUUAUUGUGAUCAAACUAAUUGAAUAUAAUUGUAAAAAAUGUCAUUGGAAAAUAAUGAUGUUUUUGAUGAUAUUGAAACUCAAUUACCUCAAGAUCUGGAGGAUGAUCUUGUCCAAGAGGUGCUAAAGAGCGGUACUGAUUUACGUCAAUAUUCACGGCAAAUUGAGAAAGAAUUGAAAGAAGUUGAAAAUAAAUCUAUACAAGAUUAUAUUAAAGAAAGUCAAAAUAUCGCUAAUUUACACAAUCAAAUUGCUGAUUGUGAUAGUAUUUUAGAGAACAUGGAAUCAAUGUUAAUUAAAUUUCAAACAGAUCUAGGAAGUAUAAGUUCUGAAAUAUUAUUAUUACAACGAAGAUCUAUUGCAAUGAGUCAACAAUUAUCUAAUCGUCAAGCAAUCAGAGGUCCUUUGAGUCAAUUUAUUGAGGAUAUGACAAUUUCAGAAGAAUUAAUAAGAGGAAUAAUGGAGUGUCCAGUUACGGAAAAAGAUUUUUUAUUGCAUCUGCAGAAUCUCAAUCAUAAAAUAAAUUUUAUAAAAGAACAAAGUUUUAAAGACGCUAAGUCAUGCUUAGAUGUUAAAGAUAUUGUUGAAAAAUUAAAAGUAAAAGCUAUUAGUAAAAUUCGUACUUAUUUAUUAGAACAAGUAUAUAAAUUUCGUAAGCCCAUGACAAAUUACCAAAUACCACAAAACAAUAUGCUUAAAUAUAAAUUUUUUUUUGAAUUUAUUCUUUGCAAUGAAAGAAAUGUUGCUGAAGAAAUUUGUAGCGAAUAUGUUGAUACUAUGAGUAAAAUUUAUUAUUCAUAUUUUAAAUCUUAUUCUUCAAGAUUAAUUAAAUUACAGUAUGAAGAAAAACCAACCAAAGAUGAUUUAAUGGGUAUUGAAGAUACAGUUAAUCGGGGAUUAUUUCAUAAAGCAUCAUUAAAACACAAAGGAACUGUAUUUUCAAUUGGUAAUCGAGGUGAAAUCCUUAAUUCCCAACUUGAAGAACCGAUAAUUGUUCCGCAUACAGCAUCGAAAAUACGAUAUCAUUAUGAAGCCUUGUUCCGGAGUGAACAGUAUGCAUUAGUUGAUAAUGCUUGUCGUGAAUAUCUUUUUUUAUCUGAAUUUUUUAAAGUACGUGGAUCACAAGCAAUGGAUAUUUUUAAUCAGGUGAUGGGAAGUACAUUGAAUUUGAUGCAAAAAAAUCUACAGUCAUUCACAGAAGAUUGUUAUGAUACAAUAGCAUUAUUUCUGUGUUUCCAUAUUAUUAUGAGAUACCAAAUAAUUUGUCAUAAAAGAGCUGUGCCUGCUCUAGAUAAAUAUUGGGAUAAUUGUACUUCCAUAAUUUGGCCAAGAUUUCAUCAUGUAUUUUCCAUAAAUAUCCAGAGUAUAAAGGCAUGCGACCCUAUGAAAUUUAAUAAAGAAACUGGACCUCAUUAUGUAACAAGAAGAUAUGCUGAAUUUAGUGCUGCAGUAGUAAGUAUCAGUGAAGGGUUUCCUUGCGAAGGAGUAACUCAAUUAUUGGCUGAACUUCGCGAAGCUGUUCAAUGUUUUCUGUUACGGAUGGCUGCAAUAUUUCCUCUCAGAACUCAACAACUUUUAUUUUUAAUAAAUAAUUAUGAUCUAGUUCUUGGAGUUUUUAUGGAACGAACGCGCGAUAAUUGUAAAGAAGCUGAAAGUUUUAAAGAACAAUUGAAUGCUAAAUCAUCAGAAUAUGUUGAAGAAAUAUUGUCACCUCAUUUCGGUGGCAUUAUUCAAUUAGUUAAAGAAUCAGAGACAUUAAUUGAAAAGGGCUUAACUGAUGAAUUGAAACGUCAUGAACCACGUGCUAUUGAUUUGGUGCAAUCAUUUACAAAUAAUUGGAAACAAUCUCUCGAACAAAUAAAUAAUGAAAUAUUAAAAUCAUUUCCAAAUUUAGUACUUGGUGGCGCACUUGUACAACGAACAAUGACACAACUUGUUGAAUAUUAUCAACGAUUACAUAAAAUUUUACCUGCUAAUAUACGAACACAGUUAACAAAUAUUCAUUUUAUUAUGAUAGAAAUAAAGAAAUAUAAAAUUAAUUAUUAAUUAUUAGUUUAAUAGAUUUUAAUUAAAUAACUUCAGUAUUUGUAAAAAAAAAAAAA